AUGGUGGUCGAAGCUAAUUACCACUCUAGAGAUUCCGUCACGUAUAAAUAUAUGCAUGACUUCCCUAUUUCGGAUGUUACACUCACCUACCCAGAGUUGUCGCGGAGAAUGCACGCGCCUGGAAAAGGAGUGGUGUUUGCCGUUUAUUAUUCUAUUCUUGCAGCUUUCGGAGUUCCAGCCAAUAUAGUGACGAUUGUGAUUCUCUCCAAGGGAGGGUGCGGCCUCUCCAAAUGUAUCACCCGUUACCUGGUGUUCAUGACAGUGUCGGAUCUUCUUACCAUUAUCACCGCUGUGAUAUUAAGCCAGCUUCGGGCUAUUUAUUUUCCAGUUAGUUUCCUGUCCACCACUCCGGCUUGCAGUGUUGUUAUUGCCCUCAGCUUUGCUUCCAUUGACACUUCCGUCUGGUUAACGGUCGCAUUCACCUUCGACAGAUUCCUUGCCAUUUGUUGUCAGCAGCUGAAGCAAAGAUAUUGCACGGAGAAAACCGCGGCUGUCGUUAUAGGGUCAAUUCUAGUGUUCGGUUAUUUGAAAAAUGUCCCAUUUUACUUUGAAUUCGAACCGAUAUAUAUCAUUGAUAACGUACCCUGGUUUUGCAGCUUAAAAGACGUCAUUUAUACCUCCGUUGUUUGGAAGGUUUAUGAAUGGUUGCAUCGCAUUUUUAACCCAUGUCUCCCAUUCUUCCUGAUUUUGUUCCUUAAUGUACUGACGGUAAGACACAUUCAAGCGGCCAGUGGAGCCCGCAGGAGGCUCCGGGCCCACAGCAAUGGAGACAAGCAGAGCGAUCCUGAGAUGGAGAGCAGAAGAAAGUCCAUCAUUCUACUCUUCGCCAUCUCGGGCAGUUUUACUCUGCUCUGGCUGACGUCCGUUCUCAAUUUUCUGUUUGUGCAAAUUACAGCCAAUAACUAUGCGGACGGUUCAAAUUCCAAUGACCCAAGGUUUAUUUUCCAGGAGAGCGGAUACAUGUUGCAGCUUCUUAGUUCCUGCACCAAUACGUGCAUCUAUGCAGGAAUACAGACUAAAUUCAGACAACAGUUGAAGGAUGCAGUUAAAUACCCUUUCACUCUGGUUGUCAAAUGGCUGAAAAGAUGGACAUAA